ACGAAGACGACGAUGAACACAUCUCAAACUUCUAAUUUGCGAAGACAUUGAUCAAACCGACCCAUUCGAUUGAUAUUUCUCCUCCGUUAAUCUCGAAUCUUCGCCUUCUCCUUGCAUAUUGCACCAGCUUACAGAGUUUUGAUUUCUGGGUUGUUGUUCGUAUUUAUCGAUUACGUUUCGUUGUUGAUUAAUCGAGGAAUCGGGUUGAUUUCUGAUAACCCAAUCGGAUCAGGGUCGUGUCGGACCGAGUCAGGAUUGAUCAUCGGAUGAAUCUGAUUGGAAUCGAAACUGUGGAGCCAUGAAAUGGGGAACAUUGCUUAAGGACUUAAAGGGUAAGGUUGGAGUAGCUGAAUCAACCGCCGAGUUAAUCGUUGAAGAAGCCAGCACUGUCAGUGACCCCCCUGCUCUCUCGCCGUCCUCAUCAGCUUCCCCUUCCUCUAUUAACGUUGUCUCUGCUCAACAUGACUUCAAUUCAUUAUCUCCUACAAGCCGAGACAAACGUAAGUUGGAACUGGACUUCAAAAGAUACUGGGAAGAGUUCCGUUCAUCAAGCUCCGAACAGCAGGAGAAAGAAGCCGCCCUGGAUCUGAGUGUCAAUACGUUUUGUAUACUAGUGAAGCAGCAUGCUAAUGUAGAUCAGUUAGUUACCAUUUUAGUAGAAACACAUAUAUUUUCUUUCGUCAUUGGGAGAGCAUUUGUGACAGAUGUUGAAAAAUUAAAGAUUAGCAGCAAGACAAGAUCAUUGGAUGUAGAGAAAAUAAUAAGGAUUUUUUCGGAAGACACCAAGGAGGGUUUAAGUCAUGGUGCAAACCUUUUAACUGCUGUUGAAGUCCUUGCAUAUGGGCCUUUCGAUAAACAAUCUCUAUUGGAUUCUGGGAUAUUAAGUUGUCUAAUACACAUACUCAAUGCGCUUCUGACACAUAGUGUAGCCAGUGAAGGUGAAAAAACUGUUAACGCUGAAGAAAAGGUGGAGGGGAAUAUUGUCCAUAUCAUGAAAGCAUUGGCAAACCAUCCUUCUGCUGCACAGAGUUUGAUUGAAGAUGACUCCCUUCAGCUGCUUUUCAAAAUUGUUGCCAAUGGUUCUCUCGUGUCUCUCUCUCAAUAUAAAGAAGGCCUAGUUUCAUUACAUAACAUACAGCUUCACAGACACGCAAUGAAGAUUCUUGGGAAUCUUCUUGUAAAUGACAAUGGUAGCACAGCAAGCUACAUACGCAAACACCAACUGAUAAAAAUUCUCUUAGUGGCUGUCAAAGAUUUUGAUCCGGAUUGUGGGGACUCAUCUUAUACAAUGGGCAUUGUGGAUUUGUUACUUGAAUGUGUGGAACUAUCGUACAGACCUGAAACUGGUGGGGUUAGGCUCAAAGAGGACAUACAAAAUGCACAUGGUUACCAUUUCCUUGUACAGUUUGCCCUGAUUCUAUCUUCUAUGCCAAAAGAUACGGUUUUUUCGUUCAAUCAUUCAUCUCAACACAAAAAUAGCGGUUCCGAUGACUCUGAAAAUCAGGCACCUCUUUCGUUGAAUAGUAGUCAAAAUUAUGACCGGGCUUCACAAUAUUUCUCCCCUUCACUGUCCAGAUUGCUUGAUGUUCUUGUCACCUUGGCUCAGACAGGUCCCAUUGAGUCACCUGGAGCAAGUAAUUCACUAUUGUCCCACACAAAUCCCACUGCUAAAAAUCUGUACGACGAGACAUGGGAACAGGGACAUGGUAAAGUUAAAGACCUUGAAGCUGUCCAAAUGUUGCAAGACAUCUUUCUGAAAGCAGAGAACAAGGAUCUUCAGGCUGAAGUGUCAAACCGAAUGUUCAAGAUAUUCACAAGCCAUAUGGAAAACUAUAGAAUGUGCCAAGAAUUAAGAACUGUUCCACUUCUCGUGCUGAACAUGGGUGGUUUUCCUUCCUCACUGCAAGAGUUAAUCCUCAAAAUUCUUGAAUAUGCUGUCACAGUUGUAAAUUGUGUUCCGGAGCAAGAACUAUUGUCACUUUGUUUCUUGUUGCAACAGCCAAUCAAUUCUGAGUUGAAGCAUACCAUACUCUCUUUCUUUGUAAAGCUCACAUCUUUCGAUCUACAGUACAAGAAAGUCCUAGGUGAAGUUGGUGUUUUGGAAGUCUUACAAGAUGAUCUGAAGCAGCACAAACUUCUCAUGGGUCCAGAUCAGCAUAGUGGAGUUUCUAAUCAUUUGGAUCGGGUACCUAGCUCACCUAGCUUCAAACAACAUCUAGAUAGUAAGGAUGCCAUCAUUUCAUCACCAAAGCUGAUUGAAUCUGCCUCAGGAAAGUCACCUAUUUUUGAAGUUGACAGUACUAUAACUGUUGGUUGGGAUUGUAUGAUAUCUUUACUAAAGAAAUCUGAAGCUAAUCAGGUAGCAUUUCGUUCUGCCAACAGUGUAACUGUCAUUCUUCCAUUCUUGAUCUCUGAUGAACAUCGUACCGGUGUUUUGAGGAUUUUGUCAUGUUUAAUCACAGAAGACAUUGAUCAGGUCCAUCAUGAAGAGUUAGAAGCUGUUAUCGAUGUGUUGAAGAGUGGAAUGGUCACUGGAAUAUCUGGGCAUCAAUACAAGCUUCACUAUGAAGCUAGAUGUGAUACCAUGGGUGCUCUGUGGCGUAUUUUUGGAGUUAAUAGCUCUGCUCAGAGAGUCUUUGGUGAAGCCACUGGUUUUUCUCUUCUGUUGACCACCCUUCAUACGUUCCAAGGGGAAGAAGAGUGUAGGGAUGAGUCUCUUUUAUGGGUUUACAUCAAAUUGUUCAGAUAUUUAUUGCGUCUCAUGACAACUGCAGCCUGUGAGAAUUCUAUCAACAGGAUGAAACUGCACAGUAUCAUUACAUCUCAGAUAUUUUAUGAUCUUGUGGUGGAGUCUGGUUUGUUGUGUGUUGAUCUGGAAAGACAGGUGAUACACCUGUUGUUAGAACUUGCACUUGAAGUUGUGCUUCCACCGUUUUUGACAUCAGAAUCUAUGGCCUCAGCUGAGAUGGGAGAAAGUGAAAAAGCAAGCUUUCUUGUAAAAACCCCAUCUGGCCAAUUUAAUCCUGACAAGCAGAGGAUCUAUAAUGCAGGUGCUUUCAGAGUUCUGAUCCGUUCACUGUUGCUUUUUACUCCAAAAUUGCAGUUGGAGUUUCUGAAUUUUCUAGAAACGCUUGCACGUGCCAGCCCAUUCAACCUGGAAAACCUCACGUCAGCUGGUUGCAUAGAAAUCCUGCUAGAGAUUAUCCACCCCUUUCUACCGGGUUCAUCUCCAUUUAUUUCUCAUGUUUUAAAGAUUGUUGAAGUUCUUGGAUCGUACAGAUUGUCUCCAUCCGAGCUCAAAAUGCUGUGUAGAUAUGUUAUGCAAAUGAGGGUUAUGAAAUCGGGCCACUCACUAGUUGGUAUGCUGGAAAAACUAAUUCUCAUGGAAGGCACACGUUUGGAGGAUGUUUCCCUGGCCCCUUUUGUAGAAAUGGACAUGAGCAAAACUGGGCAUGCUUCUGUUCAUGUGUCCCUGGGAGAAAGAUCUUGGCCUCCCUCUGCUGGUUAUUCAUUUGUUUGUUGGUUCCAGUUUUGUAAUUUUUUGUCAACGGAAGGAAAAGAAUCAGAAGUCUAUAAAGCUGGUGGUUCAUCAAAGACACACAUUUUGAGUGGGCAGCAAAGUGAACAAAAUGUUUUGCGGAUAUUUUCUGUUUGUGCCAUAAGUGAUGAAAGUCAAUCCUAUGCAGAACUUUACUUUCAGGAGGAUGGCAUUUUGACCCUUGCCACUAGCAAUUCAAACUCUUUGUCAUUUUCCGGAUUAGAAACUGAGAAGGGCAAGUGGCAUCACCUUGUUGUUGUCCAUAGUAAGCCGAAUGCUCUUGCUGGACUCUUUCAGGCGAGCGUUGCUUGUGUUUAUAUUGAUGGAAAACUAAGGCACAUGGGAAAAUUGGGGUAUUCUCCUUCACCUGUUGGGAAGUCUUUGCAAGUGAUAAUUGGAACGCCAGCUACUUGUGCCAGGGUUAGCGAUUUGACAUGGAAAAUACGCUCAUGUUAUCUAUUUGAGGAGGUUCUCACAUCAGGCUGCAUUGGUUUCAUGUACAUUCUUGGUAGAGGAUAUAAAGGUCUAUUUCAGGAUGCACAUCUCUUAGGUUUCGUCCCUAAUCAGGCCUGUGGUGGAGGCAGCAUGGCUAUCCUUGACUUACUGAACUCUGACAUGUCGUCAUCGUCUAGUAUCCAAAAAUUUGACGACAGUAAUAGACAAGGCAAUUCGAAGGCAGAUGGUAGUGGGAUUGUAUGGGAUCUUAAGAUGUUAGGGAAUCUUUCAGUUCAGUUACCUGGUAAGAAACUUAUUUUUGCAUUUGAUGGAACAUGCUCAGAGUUCAUGCGCAUGAGUGGCAAUUUUUCCCUCCUCAAUCUGGUUGACCCACUUUCUGCUGCUGCUUCUCUUAUUGGAGGUAUACCACGUUUCGGGCACCUAGUGGGAAAUGUGUGUAUCUGCAGACAAAAUAUGAUUGGCGGUACUAUCCGCUCUGUGGGAGGAAUGGCUGUUGUACUUGCACUUGUUGAGGCUUCCGAAUCUAGAGAUAUGGUAUAUAUGUCUCUUUCACUGCUUGCAUGUGCGCUUCAUCAGAAUUCUCAGAAUGUAAAGGAUAUGGAAACAUACAGGGGCUAUCAUUUACUAGCUCUGUUUUUGCGUCCCAAGAUGGCGCUAUUUGACAUGAAAUGUUUGGAGAUAUUGUUCCAAAUUACUGCUUGUGAAGCUUUUUUUUCAGAGCCAACGAAGUUGGAGACGGGAAAAAGUACUAUUAGCAUGCCACCUACAUUGAUUACACCUGAAAACAACUAUGAGGAUCUUAGUCUGUCAAUUUCACAAUCUGAACAUUCUUCAGUUAGAUCUCAUGGAGAUGGAGAUGCGGAUGAUAUUUCAGAGUCCAAAGACUCUUUUAGUCACUUAUCUGAGCUUGAAAUGGGAAAUAGUCCCGUUAAAACUUCAAAAUGCAUUGUCUUAUCCAAUGCAGAUAUGGUGGAACAUGUCCUCCUGGAUUGGACCCUCUGGGUGACAUCCCCUGUUUCCAUCCAGAUCACCUUACUUGGGUUUCUGGAGAACAUCGUCUCAGUGCGCUGGUACAGGAGUCACAAUCUUACAAUUCUGCGUCAAAUCAAUCUGGUGGAACAUUUGUUGGUAACACUUCAACGAGGGGAUGUGGAAAUUGUUGUCCUAGAAAAAUUAGUUGUUCUUCUUGGAUGCAUCUUAGAAGAUGGGUUCCUUUCUUCUGAGCUUGAAAAUGUGGUUAGGUUUGUGAUUAUGACAUUUAAUCCACCUGAAAUUAAAUCACAAAACUCAUCAGCGCGCGAGUCAAUGGGAAAGCAUGUAAUCGUGAGAAAUUUGCUUUUGGAAAUGCUUAUUGAUCUCCAAGUAACCAUAAAAGCAGAAGAACUGCUGGAGCAGUGGCAUAAGAUAGUCUCAUCAAAAUUAUUAACGUACUUCCUUGAUGAAGUUGUGCAUCCUAGUAGUAUGAGAUGGAUCAUGACCCUUCUUGGUGUUUGUCUCACUUCUUCCCUAAGCUAUUCUCUAAUUUAUUUUUUCAAUGGAGGUUAUCCGAGGCUUAUACGGGUACUUCAAAGCUUCUACGAUUCUCCAGAUAUAUAUUACAUUUUGUUCUGCUUGAUUUUUGGAAAACCUGUUUAUCCACGACUACCAGAGGUCCGGAUGUUAGACUUUCAUGAACUAAUGCCAAAUGAUGGAAGCCAUGUGGAGUUGAAGUUUAUAGAGCUGUUGGAUUCAGUGGUUUCCAUGGCUAAAUCUACUUUUGACAGAGUGAUCAUGCAAUCAAUGCUUGCCUACCAGUCUGGAAACCUUUCACAGGUGAGGGCUAGCCUUGUAGAUGAGCUUGUUGAGGGAAAUGAAGAUAUGACUGGAGACCUUCAAGGGGAAGCUUUAAUGCAUAAAACAUAUGCCGCACGGUUGAUGGGUGGCGAAGCAUCAGCUCCUGCUACUGCAACAUCUAUUAUCCGUUUCAUGGUUGAUCUUGCGAAGAUGUGCCCUCAAUUUUCAGCUGCUUGCAGAAACGCAGAAUUUCUCCAUAAUUGUGCUGACCUUUACUUUUCCUGUGUCAGGGCUUCACGUGCUGUGAAGAUGGCUAAACAGUUCUCAGUGAAAGGAGAAGAGCAGAGUAUAAGUGGUGCAGAUGAUAGCAGUUCCGAAAGCACUUUCUCUAGAUUUCCUCACCAGGACCAGUCCACAAAAACCUCCAUCAGUGCUGGAAUCUUCCCUCAAGAGCAGGCCAGUGUGAGUUCUGAAGUCAUGCCGGUACCUUCAGAUUAUGUGGCUAUUGAUAAGAUGGAAAACAUUCUUACAACAGUACCAGGGGAUUCAAUAAAAUCAUUUCAAUGUCGUGAAUAUGUUAAGAAACAAGAUGAUGAUCAUGUUGGCCUUGUAUCAGCCUCCAGUGAAAUGGAAUUUCUACAUCUAAAAGGUAGUUCAAGUGAAGUUCAGCCAACAGAUUCCCAGAGUUCUGAAUCUUUCUCGAUGUUUGAGUCUCCCCUUUUAUCCGAAAAAUCGAGUCUUGACGUUUCAUUCACUCCAUCACCAUCUCCGGCUGUAUCCUGGCUAGGUUCUAACUAUAAUGAAUCCAAAAGUUCUACUCCUCUUCCGUCGCGUAUCUUAGUUAGCGAAUUUGAUGCAUCUAUAGAUCACACGUCAGGCUCACCUGCUGCCCAUACAAUAUUUACCAUUAGCCCAAAAGUUCUCCUCGAAACUGAUGAGUCUGGGUAUGGUGGUGGGCCGUGUUCUGCUGGAGCAAGUGCCAUGCUAGAUUUUAUGGCAGAGGUAUGUGCUGACUUAAUGACUGAGCAGAUCAAAGCAGUACAGGCUUUGGAAAACAUUUUAGAAAUGGUUCCUUUAUAUGUGAAUCCUGAAUCUGUUCUAGUAUGUCAAGGCUUAUGCCUUAGCAGAGUCAUGAACUAUCUUGAAAGGCGUCUAUUGCGUGAUGAUGAAGAGGAGAACAAAACACUAGACAAAAGAAAAUGGUCUGCAAACUUGGAUGCAUUUUGCUGGAUGAUUGUGGAUCGUGUCUAUAUGGGAGGUUUUCCUCAACCAACUGGAGUCCUUAGAACCCUUGAGUUCUUGUUAUCGAUCCUGCAAUUGGCUAACAAAGAUGGUAGGGUUGAACAAGCCACUUCUUCAGGGAAGGGUCUGUUAUCUAUCGGAAGAACAACCAGGCAACUCGAUGCUUAUGUGCACUCAGUCCUGAAGAAUACAAAUAGAGCAAUACUGUAUUGUUUCCUACCAUCGUUCUUGAUACUUAUUGGAGAGGAGGACUUACUGUCACGUCUGGGAUUGCUUGUUGAAUAUAACAAGAGGAAAUCUUCAAAUUUAAGCGUUGAGGAAUCUGGAAUUGAUAUCUCAGCAGUUCUUCAACUGUUGGUUGCACACAAGAAUAUUAUAUUUUGCCCUAGCAAUCUUGAUAGAGAUUUGAAUUGCUGUCUUUGUGUGAAUUUAAUAUCUCUACUCCAUGACCAAAGAAAGGAUGUACAAAAUAUGGCUUCUGAUAUUGUCAAAUAUUUGCUGGUUCAGCGAAAAUCUGCCUUUGAAGAUUUGCUUGUCAGAAAGCCGCACCGAGGAAAAAAAAUCGAUGUACUACAUGGGGGUUUUGAUAGAUUGCUCACUGAAAAUCUUCCAGAAUUCUCUAAGUGGCUUGAGAACUCUGAACAAAUUAUAAAUAAAGUACUCGAACAGGGUGCUGCAGUUAUGUGGAUACAGUACAUAGCUGGCUCGGAAAAAUUUCCUGAUGUUAGAAUGAAAGGCAUGGAUGGUCGCCGCACUAGAGAGAUGGAGAGAAAAUCACGAGAUACGUCAAAGUUAGACCAGAAACACUGGGAGCAGGUAAACGAGCGAAGAUAUGAACUUGAAAUAGUACAUGAUACAAUGUCCACUGAGCUUCGAGUUGUCCGACAAAAUAAAUAUGCUUCAGUUCUUCAUGCCGAGAGUGUGUGGCAAACUCAUCUCCAACAACUUGUACACGAACGUGGUAUAUUCCCAUUGCGUAUUUCACAGGGUUAUGAAGAUAAAUGGCAACUCUGUCCUAUUGAAGGCCCAUAUAGAAUGCGGAAAAAGCUUGAACGAUGUAAACUGAAAAUUGAUAGCAUCCAUAAUUUACUAGAAGGGUUGGAGCUUGGGGGAAUUGAGCUAUUCAAAUCCAAAAAUGAAGAUGGCCUAGUUAUUUCUGAUAUGGAUUCUGAGCAAGCUUUCCUGCUAAGUGAACUUUAUAGCGAGUCAUUUUUCGAAGAAGCUGAUGACCAUAAGGAUGUUCCUUCUGCUAGAAAUGGAUGGAAUAAUUGUAGAGCUAGUAGCAAAAGUGAGGCAAAUCUUCAGAAUACUCUUUCUUUUGGUGGCAAGUCUAGUAGUACAGCAUCUAUUCCGAUAAGCAUAAACACAGAUGCAAUAUCUGAGACAGGAUCUCCUAUAAAGUCAUCUUCUGGUAAAAUGGACGAAAUCAGAGCUGUGGAGGAAAAAUCAGAGAAGGGCCUGAAUGAUGAUGGUGAGUAUUGGAUCAGACCUUAUCUGGAACAUCUUGAAAAGAUUAGGUUCCGAUAUAACUGUGAGAGAGUUGUUGGUUUGGACAAACAUGAUGGGAUCUUCUUAAUAGGAGAACUCUGCCUAUAUGUGAUAGAGAAUUUUUACAUUGAUGAUCAUGGAUGUAUCUGUGAGAAGGAAUGGGAAGACGAGCUAUCCAUUAUUGAUCAGGCUCUAGGUGUAACAAAACAAUUCACCGGAAGCUUGGAAUCACAGUCCAAGUCUAGCAGAUUAUGGAGUACAACUAUGAAAAACAGCAAUGUAGGGGGCAGAGCGUGGGCAUAUGGUGGUGGGGCUUGGGGGAAGGAAAAAGUGCGUGUGACUGGUAACUUGCCACAUCCUUGGCGUAUGUGGAAGCUAGAUAGUGUUCAUGAGAUUUUAAAACGUGAUUACGAGCUGCGUCCAGUUGCUGUUGAGAUAUUUAGCAUGGAUGGAUGUAAUGACCUCCUCGUGUUCCACAAGAAAGAGAGGGAAGAAGUAUUCAGAAAUCUCCUUGCCAUGAAUCUUCCAAGGAACAGCAUGCUCGAUACAACCAUAUCAGGAUCUGCGCAACAGGAAAGUAAAGAGGGUAGCCGUCUAUUCAAAUUAAUGGCAAAGUCUUUCACGAAAAGAUGGCAAAAUGGGGAGAUCAGCAAUUUCCAAUACCUAAUGCAUCUCAACACCUUAGCAGGGCGUGGAUACAGUGAUCUCACACAGUAUCCAGUAUUUCCGUGGAUCCUAGCAGAUUAUGAUAGCGAGAGUCUUGAUUUGUCAGAUCCAAAGAAUUUUCGCAAGCUUGACAAACCAAUGGGUUGCCAGACGUCUGAAGGAGAAGAAGAAUUUAGGAAAAGAUAUGAGAGCUGGGAUGAUCCAGAGGUUCCAAAAUUUCAUUACGGUUCUCACUAUUCAAGCGCUGGCAUUGUUUUGUUUUACCUUAUUCGCCUACCACCAUUCAGUGCUGAAAAUCAGAAGCUGCAGGGUGGUCAAUUUGAUCAUGCUGAUCGACUUUUUAAUAGUAUUAAAGAAACUUGGCUAAGUGCAGCUGGAAAAGGAAAUACAUCAGAUGUGAAAGAACUAAUUCCUGAAUUUUUCUACAUGCCUGAAUUCUUAGAAAAUAGAUUUUACCUUGAUUUGGGUGAAAAACAGUCAGGGGAAAAGGUGAGUAACGUAUUUUUACCUCCUUGGGCUAGAGGGAGUGUUCGUGAAUUCAUCCGCAAGCACAGAGAAGCUUUAGAGUCCGAUUAUGUUUCAGAGAAUCUGCAUCAUUGGAUAGAUCUCAUAUUUGGGCACAAACAGAGAGGAAUGGCUGCAGAAAAAGCUGUAAAUGUUUUCUAUCAUUACACCUAUGAGGGGAAUGUGGAUGUGGAUGCAGUUACAGAUCCUACCAUGAAGGCAUCCAUACUAGCACAGAUUAACCAUUUUGGACAAACACCAAAGCAACUAUUCCAGAAACCUCAUGUUAAAAGAAGGACAGACAGAAAAUUCCCACCGCAUCCUCUGAAACACUCGAUGCAUCUUGUUCCUCGUGAAAUACGUAAAUUCUCAUCAUCUAUAAACCAGAUCAUCACUUUCAAUGAGAGGUUGCUUGUUGCCGGCUCUAACUGUUUCCUGAAAUCCAGAGGCUAUAAGAAAUACAUAAGAUGGGGUUUUCCAGACAUGAGUUUGAGAUUUAUGAGCUAUGACCAGGACAAGCUCUUAUCCACCCAUGAAAAUCUCCAUGAAGGCAACCAGAUACAGUGUGCAGGUUUUAGUCAUGAUGGGCGCAGUGUGGUCACUGGAGCAGACGAUGGUGUAGUCUCUGUGUGGAGAGUCAACAAGGAUGGCUUGCGUGGUUCACGGCGUUUACAGUUGGAGAAAUCCCUAUGUGCACACACAGCCAAGGUCACUUGUCUACGUGUAAGCCAACCUUAUAUGAUGAUUGCAAGUGGUUCAGAUGACUGUACAGUAGUGAUAUGGGAUCUCAGUUCUUUAAGUUUUUCAAGGCAGCUUCCGAAUUUUUCGGUUCCCAUCUCAGCAAUCUACAUAAAUGACCUUACAGGAGAAAUCAUAACUGCUGCUGGAACUUUACUUGCGGUUUGGAGCAUCAAUGGCGAUUGCCUUGCUGUGGUUAACACUUCACAAUUACCGUCAGAUUUGAUAGUAUCCAUAACAGGCUCAACGUUUUCUGACUGGCUGGAAACAACCUGGUACGUGACUGGUCAUCAAAGCGGGGUACUUAGAGUGUGGCAGAUGGUACAUUGUACUGAUCCGCUGAGUGCGGAGAACAAAAAUGCUAGCAACAGAACAAGAGGGAUACAUUUGGGGGAUCAGGUGCCAGAAUACAAGUUGCUUCUACACAAGGAGUUGAAAUUUCAUAAGAAACCGGUCACUGCUUUACAUCUCACAAUCGACCUGAAGCAACUACUGAGUGGUGAUUCAGCUGGACAUUUGCUUUCAUGGACAAUACCAGAUGAGAUAUUAAAAGCUUCAUUCAAAAAAGCUUCAUAGUUUAGAGUCAGAAGUAUCAUCUAGAACUAGGAAUAGAAUCUAGACCAAUUAUUGAUGGUCAGGAGACUCAAGGACUGAAGCACCUAUAGGAGAUUUGCAGAUUAAAUGUUGUUGCAGAAAGGAGAAACAACAAAGCGAGACAAAAACGCUUUCAUUUGACAAUAACCAACAGGCUUGUCUUUAGUAUUUGUGCAAAUGUAUAGUUAACAGGGUAUUUGUGUGUACAGUAGACUUUUCUGUAAAGAAUAAGCUGGACAAAACAUUCAGUAUUAGAGCCCAAUCUAUAUAUUUCUCAGUUGUAAUCAUCUAUUUUGUUACUAUAGUUGCUUAAGAACUUUUAAUUUGGACUAUUA